GUUCCCUCUGUCUGUUUAAAAACCUAUUAAUCCCCAGCCGCCCAAUAAAAGCCCUGCCCGUCAACCGACAGCCAGUAGUAAAGAGGCAGCGGCGACCCCAGCCAAUCACGGCCCAGCAUUCUAAUGAGACACAUCUUUAUCAGUCAGGUGUCAACUCCUGAAGUUCCUUCUUAUUUAUUGCCUACUUGUAAAGUGCUGGAGAGACAUUUGUCUUAUGGAGCCACUAUAUCUUUUUUAUUAACCGUCGUCUGUGUUUACCUUGGAUUUACCUGUUUGGAGAGCGCGAUGGGACAGAGAAGGUGAAAAGACAAGAAGAAAAUAUAUAUAUAUAUAUUGCCUUCAUACUGACUGGAUCUCUUAAAAACAACCAAACAACUGAAAUAGUAUUUAUUUAAAGCACACGUUUUGUUUUUUUAAAAAGAAAAUUCCAUUCUAAUUUGGAAGUUUUGAAAUUGUUGCAAUAUAUAUUUUUUUCUUUUUGUGUUUUAUUUAAAGGCUUUAAAAAAAAACAACAACAUUUGUAUCCAACCCGGUUUGCGCCUUUACCAAUGUAAACGAGCUUUGAAUGAACUGAAAACAUAUUUAUAAUAUUUAUUCUUGGUUUUGGAUUUCAAAGUUUUAAAAAGGGGGCAUCUAUCAAGUUUUGACUUCUUUAAAAACAACAACUUUAAAUCCAGUUUAAAAAAAGGGCUUUCAUUUCACGCAAAAAAUCUUUUGUAUACUAUAUAUCUGUAUACAUAUUUUAAAUUACACUGGAGUUUAACGUUACCAAAUGGAUCACAAUAUUCCGGGACCCUUUCUGUUCAACAACACCCUAAGCCAGCUGAGCACAGACAGCAAGGCCCCCGUGUGCCAGUACUCUGUGCAGAACUCCUUUUACAAGCUGCACCCUUCCUCCUCUCUCCACUGCCAGCUCCAGCCUGGCACCCCCCAUGGCAUCAGCGAUAUCCUGAGCAGGCCGGUGAUGGGGGGCCCCAGCGGGACCCUCCUCUCCGGCUACUCCCACAUGGGGGGCUUUGGGACCGCCCCCACCCCGGGGGUCUACUACAACCGGGACUACGCGCCAUCCAUGGGGGGCUACUCCAAACCCGGAGGCGAGUUCCCAGCCAAGGGGAGGACUGGCGGCUGCUGGAGCGAGGCUGGCUACGACUGGAGGGCAGGCAGGGAGCAGUGUGGCAACACAGGCAGCGGGCAGCUCACAGCCAUGCCCGGCCGGAAGAAGCACACGCGCCCCACGUUCAGCGGGCACCAGAUCUUCGCGCUGGAGAAGACCUUCGAGCAGACCAAGUACCUGGCAGGGCCGGAGCGAGCCCGGCUGGCAUACUCACUGGGCAUGAGCGAGUCACAGGUGAAGGUGUGGUUCCAGAACCGGCGCACCAAGUGGCGCAAGAAGAGCAGCUCCGAACCGAGCUCCAUGCAGCGGGCUGGGCCGGACCAGGUGGUGUCGGAGAACGAGGUGGAGGACGACGAGUACAACAAGCCCCUGGACCCCGACGAGGAUGACGAGAAGAUCCGUCUGCUCCUGCGCAAACACCGAGGGGCCUUCUCCGUGCUGCGGCUGGGCCCCCACCACCUCUGAACCCCCUUGAGGACCACAGGGGGGGGCCACUGCUGCAACCCCAUGUUCAGGAUCUGAACUCCCAAGCCUGGUAGACUCGACUCCCCCACCGCCCUGCUCAAGAGUAAUUUUACUCAGCUUGCAACCUCUGUUAGAUAUCACACUGCUGCCACCACAUGUAAGGUGUUGAUUACUGCACCCUUGCACAGGGGGACAGCGAUUUGAACUCACAACCUCCCGGCUCCAAAGACUACCAGGUGAGCCAAAGGAGCAGCUCCCUCAGCCAAUCUGACCGGAGUUCUUUACAUCAGCCUGGGGGUUUGAAUCCUCUUCCGCCUCCUGCAGCAACACACACUGCACACUGCAGGCUGAGAUCAAACAUGACUUACUUUAAACUGGAGCUGCUGCUUAUAUAGAAGACCUUUGAUUUCAAGACUUUACGACUUCAUAUAAUUUGUUUUUAAGCUACCGAUUUUAGCCACCGUGUACCAGCUUCUUCCAAAGUACCGAACAUUGAGUCUUUUGAUUAAUUGUGAAUUUUGCAUUCACUCUGUUGACGUGUAUGUAAUAUAUAUAGUGCAUUUAAAACCAUGAAACUGAGAAUGUCAAAGAGGAAACCCAUUUGACCACGACAAAGACACAUCUGGGAUAAUACGCACCCAUUCUAGCCCCUGCGUUGCUUCGACCCCCCGGCGUGCUGAUUGAUCACGUUGCAUUGAUACUGAUUAUCCGUCGGGAUGAUCCUGGCGCUUUCACAGACGCUUUCCCGGUUUCGAAAUGAUGAGAAUAUUCAAACAGCUGAAGCAAUAAAACCCGGCCGACUGAGAACUCUGAUUUUAAAUGUAACAAACUGUAGAUUGUGUAUGUAAUAAACUCUUCAAGCUCCUCUGAUGAAAUUAAACAGGCAUCUUCAAGCACGUUUGUAAAUGAGCUGCGCUGCUGUCAUUCAGAUCACACUGAGCGAACCUCCUUAAGAAUCUUUCAGCCGUGCUUUGAAUUUAAAUCACGGGAGAUCCGGGCGUCGUCCCCCAGUGUGUGUGUGUGUGCCAUUUAUUUAUUUGUAUUUUUUUUUAUAUAUAAAUAAAAAAAUGUUUUCUGCAACAUCAAAAGAAAGCUGUAAGGUGGACGGCCACACAGACACCCCUGUUUUUCUUAAGCAUGUGUUGAAAUGUUGCAGUUCACCGAAUCUCAUUUUAAUUGUGUAAUAAAUGAUGGACAACUGAUACCCAUCAAGCCAAUUUCUUUAUUUCUUUUACCCAUUAAUGCAAGGAAUGGAAAAUACAACAGCAAACCUAUUUGGUUGCAAUGAAAUGCAUAUCAAGGCAAGAAUAAUAAUAAUAAUAAUAAUAAUAAUAAUAAUAAUAAUAAUAAUAAUAAUAAUAUUGAUAAUGCAUUUCUUUUCAAAUGUAAACUAGGUUGUAACACGGUACGCUGUUACAUUGUAAGGUCGUUUCUGUGUGCUGCACCCCACGGAGCCAGACUGAUACAGGUGUAAUGAUGCAGCACGGCUGCACCAGUGUUCAUCGUUGAAGGGCUGGUAUUGCUGAUUGAACUGCAUGCUCUUAUGCAGUAGGACUGAAGUAGUAAUCACAUCCUACUGAUGGUAAUUUACAUGUAGAUGGGAUUUUAACCCAGAGCACCAUGUCACGGCGCUACAAUCAUCUCCCAACAGAAUCUCAAGGUUCUCGUUUUGUAUAUGAAUAUAAAUAUGUGAAUAAUCAGCUCGCUUCUGUACUUGCUUGUUUUUUUUACUUGCAUCUAUUUAAAUUGUAUUAUUAUUAUUAAAAUUGGAAAUAAAUCAGUGCAUUGCAGACAGGG